GGAGAAAGGCAACAGGUUAUAAAUACAAGCAACUUAUCAAAAAGAAAACUCAGUCAAACCCAAGGCUUGAAAUCAGUUCAAAGUCUUCGUCCACUGAUGAGACUAUAAAAAUUCAGGAAGCAGCAAAAUCAGCUCGCAGAAUUAAGAGAUUAGGAAAAGGGGGGCUGAUCUCUGUAGAAACCCCAGCAGUUACGGAAGCUAAAUCAACUGGUCUGACCUCCACAGAAGCUAAAUCAGCUGCAUCUGGUAGGAAGAAAGGGAGGAAAGUUGCUUCCACGGAGCAAGUCUCUACACAGAUCUCAGCCGACAUGUCAUCAGUGACAGAGCUGGCAGCAGGUGGCUCCAUCUCUGUACAGACUUGCACUGGAGGACUACACCUGCUGAACUCCUCUAGGUUGCUAUCAAGGAGCAUGAUGUUGCCGUCUGAAUCAGCAGGCCCCACAGUGGUGGUGUCCCAGAUGGUACCUGGACAGCAAUCAACUUCCACUGUCAAAUCACAUUGCUCAGUUGGCUUAGAAGUGAGGUCAGCAUUGUCAGAGUUACAGGACAUUGCAAGCUCAGUUCAAAACCAAGGGAAAAUAGGUGGAACACGGAGUGUUGAGUUUACUGAAAGUGUUGUAGCAAGUUCACCACAAAAGCAGCCAAGUAUAGAGUCUCAGUCAUCAGACAGUGUGAUUGAAGAGACAAUAGUGAAGGAAGUAGUGAUGCAGUACAAGCAUCGAACAAUAACUGUUCGCCACUGCAGUCUUGAUGGAACAAUACUGCAUGAGAAAGUUACAGAGGAAAAAGAAGAUCCUGUGAUUAUGGAAGAGAACACCCUUAGCAAGAAAAGACGCAUUACGAAUCCACACUCACCUUCACGCAGCGGAGGCACUCUGACCUCUGGCGACCUUGCGGACAUUAGUAGUUCAUCGUUGUCCAACAGGGUGGGACCUUCCAGUCUGGAGAGCAAUCUGUCCAGCCUGGAGCUACCUCCCCAGGCUAACAGUGCUGCAUUGUCUGCUCAGGAAGCUUUACAACUUCAGAGGUCUUCAGCAGAGAGGAUGCUUGCUCCUGUCACGGCAUCAUCGGAUCAGACCAACUGUGCAACAUAUCCUGUACAGACAGCAGUGCAACGUGUAUCAGCAGCGUUUUCUCCAGAUGGGCUCAGUCCAGACCAGUCCACCAUUGAGCGAGAUGAGAGCCAUGUUGAAGCCAUGGUUACCAGUUCUAGUAGUGGACAAGCAUCAGAACCAUUGUACAGCGCUGACAACAUGCCACAAUCAGAAACUAAGCAGGAAAGAACACCUACUGCACAACCUUCUCUCUUACGGUCCUCAUCCUCUUCCACAGACACUCCUUCUGUUAAGGGUCCCAAGGGGAGCAAGGGCCUUGAAAAACAACUAAAAACUGUCUCCCACACACGCAGCAGAAGUGCAAAACGUGUGGCAGCAGAUUCUAGCCAGAGUGAGGGCAAGCAUGAUGCCAGAAGCUCUUCCUCCCUUGUUUCAAGGGAUGUCCAAGAUGCAAGUGGAGGGUUUAUUGUGCUGCCAUCAGUUUCUUCCAGAAAGUCCAGUGGACAGAUGUCUGAUUUUAUGGGCACUAAUGUGACACUGCAGCCUGCAUCUGAAAAGGAAAAGAUGGUUGGAGGGUCAGUGGGUGCUGGCGAUUCCACCUCCUCUAGUAAUGACCAGCUGAGUGUUCAAGUGCCUUUGCAGAUGGCCAUAUCCGAUGAUGAUGCUACACAUGUCGUGGUACAGAUUGCUAGCAAGCUGGCACGAGGAGCAAAAAUAAUGGCUCGAUGGAAAGAUGGGUUCUUCUAUCCAGCAACUUUUAAUGGCUUAAACACAAGUAUUGGUAACAAAUUCCGGGUGAAGUUUGAGGAUGGGAUAGAAAAGACAGUGCGAGGUGUUGACAUGAUUUUGGCCCAGCAUCUGCCGAUUGGCCAGAGUGUUCUAGUCGCUAGCGAGGACAAUGCUGGUGAUGCAAAAACCUAUGACCCAGGAAUUAUAAUUGAACACAUCAUUGAGGACAAUGAUGUCUUUUAUACUGUGGCCAUGGAUGAUGGCUCUAACCGAAGGUGUAGCCGCAGUUCCCUUUUACUGACCGAGGACCAGGCCUCAUGUUUACUUAGUGAUGAAGAGAUGCGUGUUACUUUCGGUGAGGACAUGAGGCAUCUCAACACUGCUGAUGUUUCACUGGACAAUAUUUUGUGUGGACGUCGUUUGCGUACAAAAGAUGCUCCAGCCCUUCCUCCAGAUCCUUCAAACAGACCCAGCACAAGUAUUAGUCUGUCAAGAAGCAGAACAGAUAAAGCUCGAAAAUAUAUUUGUGCAACCCCAGCUCGACCAAAGCAGGAGGAGGGAGAAGGCAAUGAUGCUGCAGAAAAAGAGUCGUCAUUGUUGACAAGCACAGAAAAAAGCUCAACCAGGAAGAGAAAAGUUGGGCCAAUGGCAACAAGCACCCCAACACCAAAACACCAUCGCCUGCUCAGCAAAGAGGAAGCAGGAAAAUCAAGCACACUUAGUGUAAGUCCUGUAGGAGGAGCAGUUGUCUCUCCACAGACACUGCCCAGCAGUGAGAGUUGUGCUGGUCUGUUUGAAAAAAACCAGGGACCUUUGCCGACUAAAAACAUAUUUUUAGGAAUGAUGUUCCUGUUAACACACACGGACAAAUACCCAGAAACAGUGGCCCAGGAAAUGAGUUGGCUGAAACAAGACUUGUCUGCAGAUACUUCAGCAUGUGAUAGCAACGAGGACACUGCAGAAGGAUGUACAUUUCCAUUUGACAAACAUCACUUACAGAGACAGAUAGAGGCAGGGAGUGGUGUUGUGCUUGACCGGUUAAAUCCCUCGCAGGUCUCUUCAGGCAAGAAAAAACUGUUUCUCAUCUCAGAUACAUACCAGCGUACAGUCAAGUACCUUCAGUGUCUUGCAGCUGGUGUGCCCAUUGUGUCUCAUCAAUGGGUAAUUGACAGCUGUAAACAGGAUAAGCUGUUAGACUACAAAGCUUAUCUACUCCCUGCAGGCAUCAGCUUUGAAAAACGCAAGAUCGUUGAAAGGAACAGCAGUGCGAACUGUUUGAUUAGUCAUCGCAUUCUGCUUACAUCAUCAAAACCUGAUUUCCUGGAGGUCUGGAACUCUGUCCUGGAGCUAUCACGAUGCAAGAUUUUGUCCAAUUUCCCACCAACAGCUAGCAAAUAUCGGCCAUGUGUGGAUGUGGUGGUGACAGACGAGACUUGCAUUCCCAGCAUCCUGAAGAAGGCAAAACAGUUUGGAGUGCCAGUGGUGGGCUCUGAAUGGGUUAUCCAGUGUCUCAUCAACAACCAAGUCAUGAACCACAUUGCCCAUGAGCGAUAUGCGCAUGAUUUAUACAAGAAUGAAAAACGAACAUGAAGAGUGAUGAAAGCUAUUGAAAUUGAAAGCUUCAUAUUCACUGCCUUUAGGAGCUUACAAGUUUGGGUCACGCAGGUUUCUUUGUGAAAAUGGACUUUGAAGAUAAGACAUGUUGAAAGCAUCUAAACAUACACUGUGUGUUUUUUCCGCAUAGAGACAGAAAAACGAGCAGUUUUUAGUUUAAGUCUUUUAGUCUGUGCUUUUCACGAAUCUUAGUGGCACCCUGAAACAAAUGCCUAUUUUGCUCACUACUCUUAAGAUUUUAAGAUAUAAAGUAUUGAACACUUUGUUUUGUGAAAACAUGUUUUAUGUAUUUUGAGAAGGAAGUUCUUUAUGUUUUGUCAAUAAAUGUUUGAAAUAUGA